AUGCGCCAAGAAAAGAAAGCUGCAACUACUAGUACACUAGAAGAGGCUUCAAUCAAUGAUGCUCGUCGAACGCAUUGCAUGGAAAAAUAUUGUUUCUUUAUUGGCUUUCUCUUUCCACCCGCAUGGUUUAUCGGAAGCAGCUACAGCUGCUGUGACCAGCAUCCAUAUCAAUCUCAUGCACUCGCAUGGCAAAAGAGGUGUCGUAUCGGUGCCGUUUUAUUUCUCACCGGCUGCAUUGUUGCAGUUGCACUUAUCAUGGUUUUGAAACCUUCUACCUUUGGACUUCGUGGUAAUUCUUCUGGUGCACAAACGUCCUCAAAUUCAGAAACGGCUAUUCGUCCAGGGGUUCCAUCGAAUAAUAGUGGCAAUUGGGAUGAAAUGAUGGCUGAUGUACGUGUGGAGCAGCAUGUUUCUUUAUAA